UGGUCAUUCUCUCACCUGGAGUCCCUGCACACACUCAGAGUUCACACUGCCGGCAACUUUUAACUCAUUUGAGGACUGAUCGUCGACUGAAUUGGGAUCAGUGGAAACAUGUUUGGGAUUGUCAUCACCUUGUUGUGUUUCUGCUCGCUCCACCCUACUUUUGGACAGGACUGUCCCAAUAGACAGGAAAUACAGGGCUCUCUGAAGCAGGUUCAGAAGCUUCUGUCAGCCCAUGAAGCCUCGUACUUGCAGAGUCUGCGUAACCUGAAGAAGAAAAUAAACCUGUUGCAAGGCAGCGCAGGGAAGCAGACCACAAGAGCCAUCAACAGUACCUGCCCAAAACUGGACGCACCCAUCAAUGGGAGAAAACUUGGGAAGUCACACAGCGUGGGCCAUGAGGUUCACUUUCUGUGUGACCCUGGUUAUGAACUUGUGGGAUCAGAGAGCAGGCUUUGUCAGGAAAGCCUGACCUGGAGUGGCCAGCAGAUUACCUGCCGAGACAUCAAUGAGUGUGCAGCCUCCCCGUGUCUGAAUGGUGGGACAUGUGUGGAUGAAGUGAACCAGUUCUCUUGUGUAUGUGCCAAAGGCUGGUCUGGAGCCACCUGUCAGAGCCCUGUGCCAACAUUCUUUGUCACCAUGACAAACACCUCUGACGCCACAGCUGCUGCUGCUACCUUGCCUGCUGCUACCACUGGGCCCUUUGUUCGUCCAUCACGUUGCACUAUAGUGCAGGGGACUACCCACUGCACCUGUGAGCCAGGAUACACCAUCUCUGGCAGGGACAGCAACACCUGCACUGAUAUAGAUGAAUGUGAGCUGUUCCAUAAUGGCCAGGCUGGGAAACUGUGUUUACAUGCUUGUGUUAACACCCCUGGAGGCUACCGCUGUUCCUGUCCUGUCGGAUACAAUUUGACCCGCGAUGGACGCAGCUGUAAAGACAUUGAUGAGUGUGCCACCAGACAAAACAACUGCACAAAGGAUCAGAUGUGCAUUAAUACUUACGGUGGUUUCCAGUGUGUCCGUGUGGACUGCCCCAAAAUCCCUAAUGCUACAUAUGUCAAGACAUCGCCUAUGCGUUGUGAACGUAACCCCUGUCCUGUGGACAACAAGGCAUGUUCUCAGGCCCCAAACUCCUUCUCCUACCAUUUCCUGGCUGUCGUGUCCAACCUGUCAUCUCCCCGCGUCAUGUUCAGGGUCUCAGCAUUACGUCCAUUGGGUGACACACUUCGCUUCUCCCUGCUUGGGGGAAAGCAAGCUCGGCGCCACUUCACAGUCCAGCGUUCAGACCGUCUGACAGGUCAGCUGAUGCUGGUGAGCCCCGUGCAAGGCCCUGCCACGUUGGAAGCAGAAGUGGAGAUGAGCGAGCUGGAGAGACGAGUGCAGCUGGGGAGGUACAUCACCAAAGUCACCAUGUUUGUUUCCCAGUAUGAGUUCUAGAAAGGGAGGGAUGAAAGUGGAAACACACUUAGAGCAAAAAGGACAAACAAAAGUCUGGUUUGGAUUUAGGACUGGAUAAUCUGAUGUAUGGUGGUGACCAUCUUUAAAGUCGACUGUACUGUUGCUGAAGGAGGUGCUGCAGCCAGGUCUCAAAACUGUAGUAAAGUAAGCAUGAAGCAGCAUAUUUACUCUCAAGUGAUGGAUGGAUUAACACCUGUCUUGCACAGCUGCAUGCAAUAAAUGUUUUAGAAUAUGGUUUCUUUGGGGACAUUGGUAAUAAGAUUAAAAAAAUGCUAAUUGAGUAAUGUAUGUUUGGGUUGACUUUACUGUAAGAGUUUUGCAUGGAUUAACUAAAACAUAUUUAUUGCACAAAGAUAGAAAUGAGUGUAGGCGAUAUAUAUGGUGAAUGACAUGAUGUAGCAAACAGUAAAGCAGCAAUUAACUGGAGGAACCAGAUAAUAUGUAGACAGUCCACCCUGAAAGUGCUUUUUUUGUAAAUGACAGUCCUGCUAUGUUGACAUUUAUGCUAUGUAUACUGGACAUGUAAUCAUGACGUGUGAAGAUUUUGUAUUUCUCUUUAAUAUCAUGUUUUGUUUAUAUUCUGGUUUCAGUACAACUAUAAUAUUCUUGCUUCCAGUACAAUCAUUAAAACACCAUGUAAACCCUAAAAAGUUCAGUCUUUUAUUUGCAAAUGCAUAAAAUCUUAACAACAAAUAAACUCUCUACCUUCUGAAAUA